UUGUCGCGAUGUCGCCUCCCGUGCCCGCACUGACCCCUGAGCAGAAGAAGGAGCUGGCGGCCAUCGCCCAGCGCAUCGUGGCACCCAGCAAGGGCAUCCUGGCCACCGAUAAAUCCACUGGCAGCAUUGCCAAGGGGCUGAGCUUGGUGGGCGCUGAGAACACGGAGGAGAACCGGCGCUGGUACCGGCAGCUGCUGUUCACGGCUGACAAGUGCAUGGAGCUGUGCAUCGGCGGCGCCAUCCUGUUCCAUGAAACCAUGUACCAGAAGGCUGACGACGGGCGCCCCUUGCCGCAGGUCAUCAAGGACAAGGGGGCGCUGGUGGGCAUCAAGGUGGACAAGGGCGUGGUGCCCCUGGCUGGCACCAACGGAGAGACCACGACCCAGGGUCUCGAUGGUCUCAUGGAGCGCUGUGCCCAGUACAAGAAGGACGGCACUGACUUUGCCAAGUGGCGCUGCGUGCUCAAGAUCACGGCGCACACGCCCACGCGCCUCGCCGUCAUGGAGAACGCCAACGUGCUGGCGCGCUAUGGCAGCAUCUGCCAGCAGAACGGCAUUGUCCCCAUCGUGGAGCCCGAGAUCCUCCCUGACCGUGACCACGACCUCAAGACGUGCCAGUACGUCACUGAGAAGGUCCUGGCAGCCGUGUACAAGGCACUCAGUAACCACCACGUGUACCUCGAGGGGACGCUGCUGAAGCCCAACAUGGUGACAGCGGGACACGCCUGUGCCACCAAGUACAGCCCCGAGGAGAUCGCCAUGGCAACGGUCACUGCGCUGCGACAGACCGUGCCACCCGCCGUGCCGGGGAUCACGUUCCUGUCGGGUGGCCAGAGUGAGGAGGAGGCCUCCAUCAACCUCAACGCCAUCAACCGCUGCCCGCUGCCGCGUCCCUGGGCGCUGACCUUCUCGUACGGCCACGCCCUGCAGGCCUCGGCCCUCAAGGCCUGGGGCGGCAAGAAGGACAACACCAAGGCGGCCCAGGAGGAGUACAUCAAGAGAGCCCUGGCCAACUCCCUGGCAUGCCAGGGUAAGUACACCCCCAGUGGCACUGCGGGGGCGGCGGCCAGCGAGUCCCUGUUCGUGUCCAACCACGCCUACUGAGAGAUGGACAUCACUG